AUGUAUCUUGGAGAUUUCAGUAGAUUUACAAAAGAAAAAACACUAGAACAUAGUGAGCAAAGAGAGAUCUCAAUAUACAAAGACAAAGAAACUAAUGUGGAAUGCUUUGUACAGUCAUUUCCCAUUAAUUCUUAUGCAUCAAAUGAAUUUAAUAGAUAUUUCAAGAUAUUACAUCAACUCCGCGAUAUAGAGUUCAACAAUAUGCAAAAAUUGAUGUUUUUCUUGCAUGAUAACGAUAAUUUUUAUAUUGGUUCAAAAUUUGAUCAAUUAAAUCCAAUAGAUAUCAAAAAAUACGACGAUAAAACUAUUGCAAAUCUUAUAUUUACUGUUACUAAGCAAUUAUAUUACCUACAUCAAGCAAAUAUUUCCCAUCAAAAUAUCAAAUUAUCAUCAAUAUAUCAAAAUUCAAGUAAUGACUUCGUUAUUAUACCUCCACAACCUAUAUCUUUGUAUGAUAUCCAAAAAGGAGACGAAUAUUUACCAUUUUUCGAUAAACCUCCGUUAUCGAACGAUAUUUUCUUAUUAGGAUUACUUAUUAUAGAAUGUAUAGCUGGAGUAUCAUAUUCUGAUAUUCUUGAUCGUAUUUGGUCUUUCAAAGAAGUUACAAAUGAAAAAUCUCCAAUUUUAGAAUUAGCAAUUAAGUGUUUAGAUUGGGAUCUUGAAGAAAGGCCAACAAUAGAAAAGAUUUAUAAUACAUUUAUUACAGAAGGCAUACAAAUUCAUGAAAAAACAUAUAAAUUUACAGCUGAAGAGAAAGUUACAAUUCCAAAGCAAAUAACAGAUGAAGAAUACUUAAACAUAGUUAAAAGCGAUGCUGAUAAAGGAGAUAUUAUUGCAUUAUUAAUUUAUGGAACACAUUUGAUCAAAAAAGCCUCUACACCCGAAGAAAAGCAGCUUGGUAUUGAUUACAUGGAGAAAUGUCCGCUUCCAGCAGCAAUAAACAACCUUUCCAAUGCAUAUCAAAAAGAAAAUCCCCAAAAAUCAUAUGAAUGCCUUAAGAAAGCGUCAGACAUGAAUUUCCCAGUAGCCAUUCGUAGUUUAUACCUUCAUUACAUCAAGAAGAGCAAAGAUGAAUCUUUAAUUACGAAUACAAUUCCCAAAUUAACAGAAUUAGGCUACAAAGGUUACAUUCCAGCCCUAUUUACAAUUAGUGACCGAGUCAGACUCUGCGAUCCACCAGAAGCCUACAAAAUGAUGCUUUUCUGCGCCCAUCACGGCUAUGCAAAUUCGAUUCAUUACGUAGGACUUUUCCACGAGUACGGAUUUGGUGCCGAAAAGGACAGCGAGAUGAGUAACAGAUACUGGAAGAUUGGCCUGAAGUUGAGGUACGGACCGUGCACUAACAACUUGGGAACACAUUGUCCUGAUCCUGUUCAAGCAUGCAAGUAUUGGAUUCUCGGAUCAGAAUUAGGAAGUGGAGAAGCCGCGUAUAAUCUCGCAAUUCAUUAUUUAACAGGUAAUGGAAUAGAGAAGGAUCCUGUCAAGGCUUUCCACUACAUGAAGCUUGCUGCUUCGAGAAACCAGAUCUUCUCAAUGUUCGAUUACGCAAUUAUGGUCAGAGAUGGUGUUGGAUGCGAAAAGGAUGAGAAACUGUCUGAGGAAUUGUGCAGACAGGCUGCUGCUGCAAGACAUACAAGAGAGAUGAAGAAGAAGCUCCUCCAGGAAGAAGCAAUGAAACAUAACGUUGUUUUACCAAAGUAUUUUGAUUAUUUCUAA